AUGCCAAGCGCACAAGUGACAGCCCCGUCCAAGAUCCGCAAGGCUGUCAGGGCGAUUUACGAGGAGCUCACAGGGUUCCCGAUCGGCCAGGACGGCUUCAUGUACAAUGCGCACAUGCAGGAGGCAGACGAAGUCCUCAGCACCGAGGCCAAGAACCUCUACACCUGGGCGCGGUGCAUCUUUGUCGGUCUCUCGACUGGCCGGGGGCUGAACACGCACCCGCCCAAUUCGUUGGCCACGCUACGCAACCUGAUUGAGGAAGCUGAACGAGGCGUGCACGCGAGGAUGAAUGAGUCUCGGGACGACGUUGUCCAGUGGGUCCUGGGCAUCCCGGUUUUCGACGCGUCUCAGGGGCAGGAACCGCAUGUGACCACGCCACAGCACGCACCUGCGCGACACGCAGGACACCCUCACCACGGCGUCUCCCUUCCUCCGCUUCACUUCCCUCCGACGCAGCCGCACGCCGGCCUCCCUCCCAUGCUCGCCGGCGUUACCUCGCCAGUUCUCGCGCGUCCAUCGAUCCGUCUUCCGCCGAUGUUCACGCGUGAAGAUGAACAGGAGGAGCGCAGUCUCGCAAAGUCUCGUCGCAACGACGCGGACCUCGGGUACGGAGCGUCGAUGACGCCGCGCAAAGCCGCCAUCUACGGUCUUGUAGGCCCAGGCAGGGCUCGCACGGCGUUCUGA